AUGGCUUCUAGCGCUACCGCCAGCGGUGGUGAACACACUGAUGAUCUCUCCGCCGCCCAGAAGCUUCUCCAGAAGCACGCUGUCACCGUCGAAGAGGUCCCCGACGAGGAGGACUUGAAGCACCCCAAGCCCUCAGCUCCCGAGCCCGAGCCCGCCGGAAAGGAAAACGCCCCCUCCUGGGGCCCUACAAUGUCUACGAAGGCUGCAGGCAAGCAGAAGGUCCAAGAAUCGAGUGGGGGCCGCCCUACUGCCCUGGACACGCAGUCUCACGAACUGUUCCCUGAGCUCGGCGGUCCCAAGCCCAAGGCCAGCGCGGGCGUCGUGCCUCAAUGGGGUGCCAAGACGAACGUCAAUGGCAAGACCAACGGCACAAGCCCCGCCAAUGGCACCUCUCGAGCAUCGACUCCGGCCUCCGGUAUCGCGACCCCGACCAGCUCCGCAUUCCACGGUCCCCCGGCCAUGUCGAUCCCCGGCCGCAAUGUUGAAUCCAUCUGGCUGGAGCCCCAGCAUAUCCUUCCCCGGACCCAGCUGAGACGACCCAUUCCGGACAUCAUCAAGGAUCUCAAUCGCAAGUCCCGCGCAACUAUUUCGAUGCCAGCCACCGCCGAUAGAAGGCUAAGGUUUGACGCGGCUGGACCUCAGGACAUUGCUCAACAGGCAUUGAAGGAACUCGUCCAACAAAUUGGUGCCAAGCAAAGUGUGACGGUUCCCAUUCCUCAGUCUGCCCGCGCCCACAUCAUCGGAAAGCAAGGAUCCACGAUUAAGGCAUUGCAAGAAAAGACCGGUGCAAGAAUCCAGCUGCCUAAGGUUGAGAAUAAUGAUGCUCCAGUAGACGAGGAUGAUGACAGCACUAUCGAUGUUGUCGUCGAGGGCAACGCCAUUUCCGCUGCCGCAGCUCGGGACGCCAUCCUCAAGAUUGCCGGCGAAAGAGCCGCCAAUGUCAACACUAAGCUCCGAGGAAUCCCGGCAGAGUUCUACCCAUUCCUCGCUGGUGCUAAGAGCAACUUGCGAAGCAACUUGGAGCAGAAUGGAGUUCAGGUCCGAAUUCCCCCACACCAGGUUUUCUCUUCUCAGCCACCGGCUCGGCCCGAGGCAGGACAGCGACCUGUGUUCCAGCCCGCUUCUGUCGAAAAUCCUAUCCAGCUCGCGGGAGACCGAGCAGCUGUUCAGGCUGCUCGGGCUCAGAUUGAGCGCCAGGUCGAAGAGCUUCGACAACAGCUGGCUGUGGAGACGACGGACCUCCAGCGCGGAAGACAUCAAUUCAUUAUUGGCGACCAUGGUAUGCCGAUGGAGGAUUUCUUCGAGAGCACUGGGUGCGCCAUUGUACUUCCCACUGAGGACGACGACACCAUCACUGUGAUCGGCCCGGCCGAUCAGGUUCAGGCUGCGGUGGACAAAGCUCUGGAACUUGCACAGUCAGUCCAUUGCGACAACUUCCGCCUCAAUAAGCAGAUCCAUGGCGCUGAUGCAGCUCAUGUUGCAAAUGUCGCACGGUACCUCCGGCAAAGAAAAGAGAUCGAGCGCCUGGAGAAGGCCUAUGGCACCUUGAUCAAUACUCCUUCAGAAGGCAAUGUCCCACAAUGGGAGAUUUAUGCGCGAGACCUUCGUCAAAUCAACCCUACUCGUGCCGAGAUCAAGGGCCUUUUCGAGAGCCACCCGCCAUCAAGAAUGAGCACCGUACCCGUGGACCCCUUUUUCCACCAGUAUCUGCGAAACGAGGUCAAUUCGCGCGUUCACGAGGACUACGGUGUUCACUUAGUUGUCCCAGAAGCUUCUGAGUCGGGCGCUCCUGUGCUACUUGUUUACGAGGCUCCGGGCCCCUACGAACAGUCCUACCAGAUUCCGCGCAACCAGCCAUCGCAGAAUGAACUUCGUUCUUUCCAGGAUGGUCUCAGAGCUGCUCAGAAGCACAUCCUUGACCUCAUCAGUCAGCAGGAUGAAAUCACAACGGCAACUGUUGAUGUACCUCAAAAGUUUCAUGAGAGAUUGAGAAGGUUCAUCAAGAAAGAGCAGGAGAGCCGGCCAUCAAACCAGAUCCCCAUCCGAGUUUCGAGUUUGGGGACCACCAUCACUCUGCGCGGACCAGCUACCGCUGUACAGAAUCUUGCUGAGAAGAUCACUGCAUUCGUGGAGCAAGAGAAGGAGGAUGAGAAGGAGCGUGGCUUUAUUCUAAGCUUCGACUUCCCCCAGAAAUUCGCGAACCACCUGAUCGGCAAGGGCGGGAGCAACAUCCGUGAGCUUCGUGAUAAGUUCGAUGUUGAUAUUCAGGUUCACGAUGGCAAAGUUGACCUCAAGGGCCCUAAGGCUAAGGCCGAGGCUGCUAAGACACAUAUUCUCGCACUCGGCAAACAACUGGCCGACGAGGCUACUCACAUCCUAAAGAUUGAACCAAAAUUCCAUAGGGAACUCAUCGGGGCUCAAGGCGCCCAGAUCAACAGACUGCAGACCCGUUACAAGGUCCUCAUCUUCUUCCCUCGCUCGGAGAAGAAUGCCAAAGAUGACGAGUCCACUACUGAUGCUGCGAGCGUUGCUGGAAAGCCGCGCCGUCAACAGGCUCCUGACGAGGUUAUCAUCCGAGGGCCCAAGAAGGGUGCUGACGAAGCUCGUGACGAGAUCUUGACUCUUUACCAGUACUUGAAGGACAACUCCUUCACUGCAACCAUAACGGUUCAACAGAAGCAGCUGCCCUCGCUGAUUGGACAGGGCGGAUCUGCUAUGGAGGCUCUCCGCCAGCAGACCGGAGCCAAGAUCGACAUUCCCAAUGGCCGAGAGGCUACCGAUUCGUUGGUCGAAAUUCAGAUCAAGGGAACCAAGCCGCAGGUUGCUGCAGCCAAGAAGAUCCUGGAGGAGAAGAAGUCUGUCUUCGAUGAUACUGUUAUCCGUACCCUCGAGGUUGAUAAGAAGUAUCACAAAGCAUUGAUUGGCUCAGGUGGUGCGAAUAUUCGCGAUAUCGUCGUUAAGGCAGGAGGCUCUGAUGACCGCAGAGAGCUCGCCCGAACCGUUCAAUUCCCCAAGCAAGAAGCCGAGGGCAAUGCUAUUAAGGUCGAGGGUCGCAAGGAUAUUGUGGACAAGAUCUGCGCUCAAAUCCAGGAGAUAGUUUCUCAACGCGAGAGCCAGGUUACUUCGACUGUGGAGGUACCCGUUGAGAAGCACAGGUCACUGAUUGGUCGCGGUGGUGACGCGAAGCGACAGCUGGAGUCUCAGUUCAACGUGUCUAUUGACAUCCCGAGACAAGGAAGUGGCCAGACUGGUGUUAAGAUCACCGGACAGUCCACCGAUGUCGAGAAAGCCAAGGAGCAUAUCCUGUCUUCGAUCAAGGAGCAGCAAGGCGAGACUAUCCAGGUGCCUCGCAGCUUGCACCACGCCGUUUCAAACAAUGGUCAAAUUUUCCGGAAACUGAGGAAUGACCACCAUGUGACAGUUGACCACGCUGGCCAAGCGACGCCUCCCAAGCCUUCGCCUGCCCAGACUCGCGCAAAUGGCGGUGCUCUUCCCUUAAUCACAGACGACGAGGAAGCCACAGCAGACGCUCACUCUUGGAAGGUCGUGGAGAACACCUCAGCCGAAGAGGGCGACAUUCCGUGGGUACUCCGAGGCUCUCCAGAGAACAUCGAGAAGGCCAAGAAGGCCAUUGAAACCGCUCUGGAGCAGGCGAAGAAGGGUAAUGUAACCGGUUACUUGGUCUUGCCCGAUCCUCGCACAUACCGCCACGUUAUCGGCCAAGGUGGUAGCAAGGUCAAUUCCAUCCGGAAGCAAAGUGGCUGCAAGAUAAACGUUCCUCGCGAUCAAGCAAAGGACGAAGCUAUUGAGGUCAUUGGAUCUAAGGAGGGCGUCGAGAAGGCGAAGGGCCUCAUCCUAGCUGCUGUGAGGGACGGUGUUAAUGGAAAGCCGGCGAGGGAGUAA